UGAACUUGCACAUUACAUUUUAUACGAAUGACGUAGCAACAUGUCGUUCCUCCAGAACAACGAGCCGAUGGGAGAUGUCAGUUGGAUCAGCUGGUUCCUCGGGGUCAAGGGCAACGAGUUCCUCUGCCGCGUGCCCACCGACUUCAUACAGGACAAGUUCAACCUGACGGGCCUGGAGUUCAUCAGCGAGACACUGGACGUGGUCCUGGAUCAAGAGUUCGACAACCAGGGCUGGGACGACGGGCUGGACAUCGCCGAUGCGGAGCAGCUGUACGGCAUGAUCCACGCUCGAUAUAUCGUGUCGCCGCGAGGCGUGGAGGACAUGCGCCUAAAGUACGAGAGGGGGGACUUCGGCUCGUGUCCGCGGGUCUACUGUAAGGGGCAGAAAACCCUGCCCGUGGGCCUCUCCGACCUGUGGAACCAGUCCCACGUGAAGGUCUACUGUCCUCGCUGUAACGACGUCUUCGUGCCGCGAUCCCGCAGUGCAUUGCUGGACGGAGCCAUGUUUGGGACCAGCUUCCCGCACAUGUUUUUCAUGCAGCUACCGAGCAUGAAGCCCCAUCCGCCUCUGGAGAAGUACGUCCCCCGGCUCUACGGCUUCCGGCUGCACCAGAAAGCCCUGAUGCCACACGAAGCGCUCGAGACCACGCCAAAGAACAUCGGAUCCUCGGUCAGCAAUUUGCCGUUCCUGGCUUCGUCCACUCCCAAGUCACUCCUUUUACCCUUUUCCAAUACUGACCUCAAUUCCUAACUCUUCGCGAAGGAGUGGACCACUGUUGGGGCGAUGUCUUGUUGUUGUCAUUAAAGGGAUUCCCCAGUGCGUUGAUAUGGCCAGAUACCACAUACACAUGGCUGCCCCAAACACUUAGCCCACACUGUUUUGGUCAAAGCUGGCCAUAUCAAGCACCCAUUGGA